GCUCGAGUGAGAUGUGUUUGUCGGUUCAACAGUGGUGUUCUGGGGCGGCAGCAACCCGCUUGCGCGAGCUGCAAGGAUGAAUGGCUUAAGCUUUGCCGAGUUCGAAAACUCCAGCUUCGAUGACUUGUACAGCAAAGGCUUCGCCAAUGCGAAGCACUUGGAACAGGUUGCUUUCAGCGUCGCGAAAACUCGGGGCGUCCCCGCUUUCAACGGUGGUUCACCCGAAUGCGGAGGAGCAGAGGAAGCUUUAAGCUUUGCGGGGUUUCGCGAGAAGCGCCUCCAGACGGGCAGGUGUCCAAAGAGUUGCAGCACCUGAAGCCAGGUGCUCCCGCAGCGCUGAGCUUCGGACGCACGGCGCAAGCCGUUGACGCGGCGCCGCUUCAUGCCCGCGCAGACACAGCGCAGGUUCGCCGGCUGCCAACGCCUGCUGCGGCGCGGGACCCGCGGGCUGACCGUGGCGCCGCCGUGGACCGGGGCCCUGGUGGGACCGGAGCCGGACGGUUCCGCUGGACAGCGGCGAUGCAUGCAAACGUGAUUGGCAGGAUGGUUGGCAGGACGCAAACGUCAAUCUUCCACACACCCGCCCAACCAAAGAUGUUUUUUUCUUAUAAUAUAUAUACAUAUAUAUAUAGAUUAUAUAUACUUUUUUCUUCAGCAUUUCAGGCAUCCAAUCUUUUCGGGGGUCCCGACACUUGGUGGUGUUUGUGGGGUGCCUGGAGAAAAGAACUGAUGAGGCUCGUGACAACAGUGAUGUCAGAAAAGAUGGCACAGCAGCUUAGACCUAGCUUGGAGAGGGGAGUGCUUCUAUUUUUUCUUUGAUAUGUCUCUGAAUCCAUGGAAAUUUUAGCUGGAGACUCGGCACCUUGCAACAAUGUAAAUCCUAGAGAUGAUACAAGUAGCUGCAGCCGCCCUCUCUCAAGUUUGAUAUAGAAAGCUCAAACCCUAUUUUGCUCACUAUGGCAAACCCAAAGGUCUAUUUUGACAUGACCAUCGGUGGUACCGAAGCCGGCCGUAUUACCAUGGAGCUUCGCGCUGAUGUGGCCCCUAAGACCGCUGAGAACUUUCGGUGCCUCUGCACAGGUGAGAAGGGCAUGGGAAAGUCAGGCAAGCCUCUCCACUUCAAGGGCAGCGCUUUCCAUCGUGUCAUCCCUGACUUCAUGUGCCAGGGUGGCGACUUCACCGCUGGCAACGGAACUGGCGGUGAGUCCAUCUACGGGGCCAAGUUUGCCGAUGAAAACUUUACCCUCAAGCACACUGGCCCAGGAAUUUUGUCAAUGGCCAAUGCUGGCCCCAACACCAACGGUUCACAGUUCUUCCUGUGCACAGUAAAGACUGGCUGGUUGGACGGCAAGCAUUGUGUGUUUGGCGCUGUCACUGAUGGCAUGGAUGUGGUGAAGAAGAUCGAGGCUGUCGGCUCUCAGUCUGGCAAGACCUCCAAGCCAGUGAUGAUUGCAGACUGUGGCCAGCUUGCAUAGGCGAAGACCGUGCUUGGUUCUGAGUGUGGAGAGGCCUCUUGCUCUCAAGUAUGAAGAAUGAAACUUGAGAAGGAUCUUUUGUGCAGUCUAUGUGCUCUCUAUGGGAUUGAGAGAAUCCGUGUUCCAGCGAAGCGUC